CGGAGUAGGACUCCCUGGAGCACUUCUCCAGCCUGGGCUAUGCAACUGGCCAGACGGGCGGGGCACGAUGGGCCCUGCUGGCUGUACCAGCUGGGAUCCUACCGCAAGGCUGUAAACAGUCCACAGACAUUUUGCAAGGGAGGGGCCCCUCGAUUUUGCAUAAACAUGACAGCACCCACAGUCCACAGAGAGCAACGCCCGCCUCCUGCAAGUCCAAGCCCUUGGCUCGUUUCAGCGCCUCUCUCCACAGAAUGACCAUUUCGUAUCUGAAAGGAAAGGUGCUGGAUUUCAGCUGAGAAACGCAGGGGUCCCCAGCUGGGAAGGGGCCCGAGCGGUGGAGCUGGGAGCUCUGCCCCGGGGCGGGGACAUGCUGCCUGCAGGCCAGCUUGCAGCUCAGCUCUCUCCCACCUGGCUACAGGCACAUUCCUUUGUCUCCCAGCCGUCCCUAAUUGUUCCGAGCUCGCUGCACAAAUCAAUGUGUCCCUCACGCGCCGGAGAAUGUUUGGACAGUUUCCUUCAUUCCUAAAAGGGCCGGAAACAGACUCUGCAGCAGGAUCCCAGACGCAAAGGGUCCUGCCUGAAGGCAGAGACAGUUCCCAGGACUGCAAACCUGUGUGGUUUAUUUACCCGUUUCAUUUUACAGGUGACCCACUGACGAUAUACACCCUGCCCUCCUCCUCGGCUGUGCUGGGCUCUGCAGCGUUGCUGAAAUGCCGGUUCAACAUCGGGGGGCCGAUCAAUCUAACCGCGCUGCAGGUGCACUGGUAUUUCUCGGAUCGCAGCGUGGCGCAGUACGACCGGGGCAAGGAAACAUUUGCACCAGGGGUGAGCAUCUCCAAGCAGGAGUUACUGAUCGGGAACGCCUCCCUGGGGAUGGAGAACGUUCAAGUGUCGGACGAGGGGCCGUACAAAUGUGUGGUCGGGUACGGUGCGGAGCGGCAGCAGAGCGAGACGACUCUCCGUGUGUUCGCUGCACCCAGACUCUCCGUCCCCCGGCGAGCGGCCGGGAGAGACACAGCCAGCGCCUUCCCCUGCCACGUGCGGGGAUUCUACCCCGCGGACGUCACCGUCGCCUGGCUGAGAGACGGGCGGGUUCUGACCGACGUCACCCCGUCUGCCCCCCAGAGGAACCCGGACGGGACCUUCAACCUCACCCUGACCUACACCUUCACCCCACCGCGAGCGACUCCGGCAGCCUCUUCUCCUGCCGCGUCAGCCACGCGGCUCUGGCUCAGCCCCUGCGGGAGGGGUUCCCCCUGGCGGUCACAGUCCCAAGGGCAGGAGCGGAUCACACCAGCGCCGCGAUCGGGGCGACCCUGGGGAUCCUGGUCGCAGGGGGAGCUGCGGCUGCGUUAGCCGUUUACUGCCGGAGGAAGAGGCGGGAAGGUCCUUACAGUGCAGGGGAGACGCCCCCCCGAGGACCCAGCUGGGAGCAGAGACAAGACGCGCGGCGAGGACACGGUGCUGAUGGCGAAUG